AUGUUCUUCAAAUAAUUAAAACUCAUUUUUAUUAAAAUCAAUUACAGUUUUCCUAGAAUGAUGUAGACAAUAUCAUAAAGAGUCAUUUCAAGUAACAACAACACUAUUUUGAAAUUGGAACUUAUCAAUUAAAUCAGCUAUUACUUUUCUGUUUUAAAUUUAGGAUCACAUAACAUCAAGAAGUUCAUUCAGUAUAGCAUAGUAGUUUAUCCUUCUCUUUAGCUAAUUUAAAGUUCCUUCCAAUUUCUUUUUAGUUGCUAUUCAAAGUCAACCUAAGUUGCUGUAUUUGAGUAUCCUUUGAUCAAAUAAUUAUUUUAAAGCGACUGCGAUUGCUUGUUGUAGACUGCAGUAACAAGUAGGAUUCCAUAACUCUCUCUAUUCUUUUUUGGCUAUAAAACUAAUCAUUUUGGUAUCUCAUUAUUUAGAGAUUCAAAUUCUGAUUAAUUGUAGUUUUGUGCAAAUUCUUUUUAUAAAGCAUUUUCAAUUUUUAAAGAGAUGAUCUGA